CUUUGAAAUCCACAUUCCAUCACUCGCUAUUCCCGUAGUACAAUCAUACAUGGAUACAGUGAUAUACUAAUUGUCGGAUCCGACGAUUGGUACUAUACAUACGAGGCUUGAUCGAGCGAUGCGGUCCCACGAAGCCCACCCAUGUCGCCCAAGUGCUUCUCUCGCCUAUGCGACACUGUCAUUGGAAAUCGAGCGAUACUGAGACAGUGCGACACGAGGGUCGUCGGUAGCUGGCAUUUGAAGCACAAAUGCCUUUUUAAUAUCUGUGGAAAAUACUCUACGCUGACCCACAAGCCACACUACACUUAUUUUACGGAAUAAAUGGAGCCACUACAAUAAAGUUACGUGGUAUGCUCCGCAUGAUGGGGCUAGAGAAUGCGUACGGACGUAAGGCCAUGAGCCGCGUCGCCUCUUCAUGACCCUGAACCCCCCCAUCAUCCCCGCCGUGUCAUGUCUCUACUGCAACUCCGCCAAAGUUUACUACUUUGAGCUAUAUCAGACAUUUAUAUCUGUUGUUGUGUCCUCGUCAUACACCUUCUACUCGGGGUAACCUUCUUCCAAAUAUACGCGUCCUCCUUGCUUUCACGCGUUGAUUGCUGUAUAUAAAUCUUUCACUUUUGCCAUAUUCCUUGUUCUCACUAUUCUCAACCGCAGUUGCAUAUCCACAAACUAAUCAACAACCGCAAUUAUGGUUGCAUCUUCUGAGCACUUCCAAGGGUGGCCAAAUGAAGCUGCUUUCCAAGCGGAUGGGUACCAACAUACGCCAGUUAAACUGUCGGUGAAAGGCCUUAUUCCUUCCUACGCUGCCGGUACUCUAUACCGAACCGGUCCGUCUCAGUAUAUUGUCAAAGAUACCCCAAAGGGUGAUUUUAAAAUCGACCACUGGUUCGAUGGUUUUUCCUCGAUACAUCGGUUUGAACUUACCCUUUCAGCUGAUGGCUCGGUGGAGGUUACUUACAACUCACGCCAAAAUGUAGACGCCUUGGUCGAGAAGAUUCGCUCCACUGGGAAUUAUGACCAAUUAACCUUCGGCCAGAAGCGGGACCCAUGCGAUGGCCUCUUCAAAAAGAUGAAGACCGUAUUCACGGCAGUAUCAAGGGGCCCGACUCCUGAAGAGAAUAAUAUUGGAGUCACUAUUGCUCCAGAUGUUCCCGGGAUCAACGGAAAUUCAAGUGACGGAAAGUCGAGAUUCAAGACUCUCACCGCGUUUACUGACAAUGCUUCGUACAAGCAAUUUGACCCUGAGACACUUGAGCCCCUUGGAGUCGCCGACCAAAGCUCUCUUCAUCCUGCCCUUGCCGGACCACUCAGCGCGGCCCAUGCAAAUUACGACCCUGUCAAUGGAGAUGUUCUUAACCAUAACCUAACCUUUGGGCGGAACUCUAUCUAUCGCGUCUUCAAAACUUCUAGAGCUACAGGGAAGACCGAAAUUCUUGCCACCAUCAGCGGACCCGACAUUAAGCCUGCUUACAUCCACUCUUCCUUCCUCACUGAGAAUUUCAUGGUCCUCGGCAUCUGGUCCUCGCAUAUCGCCAGCAAUGGCCUCGGUAUCCUAUGGCAACGCAAUAUCGUGGACUCCAUCUCGCGCUUCGAUCCAGCGCGUAAAUCUAUCUGGCUCGUCGUGGAUCGCAAGCACGGCCGUGGCCUAGUUGCAAAGUUCACAAGCCCAGCAUGCUUCAUGUUCCACUCGUCCAACGCGUGGGAGGAGACUGCCGCAGACGGGACGACAAGUAUCGUGUGCGACCAUGUCGAGUACGAGAACCUGGAUAUCAUCCAUCGCUUUUACUUUGAGAACUUCCUCUCCACCAGCUCCAAGGCUGGCGAGUUCAUCAAGACUCAUCGCGAGACUGUUAAACCUCAUUUCGCGCGCUACCGUCUCGCCGGCAUCCCUACCACGGAGAAACCUGCGCGCAUCACAACAUCAACCGCGGAACGUAUCCUCACCAUUGACGGGCCGCUACUGGGGGAAUUUCCGACGAUAAACCCAGACUAUGCGACCCGCCCGAAUCGCUUCCUGUACACCAUUGUCGACAGCGGAAAGUCGUCGUACUUCGAUUCCAUAGCCAAGACAGACCUCGAGACGAAGAAGUCCGUGUUUUGGACUCAGGACCACCAUACACCCGGCGAGGCCAUCUUUGUGCCGAACCCGGAGGGGAAGAGCGAGGACGAUGGCGUGCUGCUUGUGGUUAACUAUGACGGGAAUACGGGAAAGAGCUAUCUGCUGUGCUUGGAUGCGAAGGACUUGUCGGAGAUGGGCCGCGCGGAUGUGGAUGGAGUUGUGCCAGCGGGAUUCCAUGGGAGGCAUACGAAGCUUUAAGCCACGAAUAGCAGUGUUAUAAUAUUGAUUCUCAGAGGAGUUUGGCGCAGCCAUACCGUUUUGCUUUCAGGAUGAGAGUUAUAUAGGUGACUGUAAUGGUAACACUAUUUUAUACCACAG